ACCGCCUCCAUGUCUCCUCAUUUUUGUACCCGUUUGGAGAAAGUUGUAUUGUGUUAGGGUGAGAGCCGAGGGAUAGCCCUAUGCUAGACAAGUUGUCCACCUCAAAAUAUUUGCUCAGUUUUUUUCUGAAGGCUGUCAAGACCAUGCUACUGCGUGUUUUGCUUAGUGGGGAGCAGAAGUACGUGAAACUUUCUGACCUAACAUUUGAUGCAUUCGUGAGAGAAGUGUGCCUGAAAUUUAACAUUCCAGAAGGCAGACAGCAGGAUCUGAAGGUGUAUGACCAGUCUGAUACAGAAGUUGAUGUAGAUGUUUUUGAAGAAAUAGUGAAUCAGUCACCUGGAACCUUUCGAGUUAUGUUGAGCAACAAAGAAAAUCCUGGUGCUGUUCUAUCAUCAUCAUCAUCAUCUUCAUCUUCAGUCACAUCUGAUGAUACAAUCAUUCUGAAUUUCACAAUGUGUGACCCAUCAGAAGAAGAAGCCACUGCUGAAGGAAGUCAACCUAAAAGGCCAUGUCACAUAAAUUAUGAGGCACAAGCGUUGAUUGAAAAAAUCUUGACAACAAAGCCUGGUGGUGAGCGUAUCAUACAAGAGUAUGCAAGAACUAAAUGCUUGACAGAUGCAACCAGAAGACAGAUGAUAAACAUCCUUACAGCUGCAAUGACAGAAGCACAUGGAUCAUCCCCUCCUAAAAGCGUCAGAGUGAUGUAUGCUCAGGGGAUCGUUGCCUUAUUUCCCUAUCUGGAAGACCCAUUUUCAAAACAUGGAUAUGAGCAUUACUAUGAUCCAGAGAGUGGUUCAGGAUACCUUGCAUGGCGUUUAAAGACCAUUCAAAGAAAAACUGCAGAGGAAAGGGGUGCCUCAGGUAGCAAAUCUCCAAAAAGUGGUGGACCAGGCCAUGGUCAAUCCAGGGUUUUCACUGCUGACAAAGUGCUGUCAGAUGAGGAAGUGGAAGCAGCUAUUGCUGUUUUGAAACACUCUGCUGAUGAUGACACUGUCCGUGAGAAGAUGAAGGCUACCUUCCAUUACCGUCAUUCAAUGGUCAAUGAUGAAAAGAAAGCAGCAACUGUCUUCUCUGUCUUUCCACGGUUUCUGGACACACCAGGACUGAUAGAACAAGAUUUCAGACUCCUGUUUGGUGAAGGCAGUGCCAACAAAUUUUUGGAGAAGUGGCCCACCAGUCUCAAAUCCAAGGUUAUAAAGGAAAGCCAUGGCCUGGUACCCACCACUGAGCUCUUGGAUUUAUUGCGGAAUGCAGAGUUGGAUGCUGAAGCUGAGAAUGGUUGGGAUAGUGACAUGUCUGCUAUUUUGCUUCUGCUGCAUCUGCUACCACCAUCUGCACAAGGACGAAAGAGGCCGGGUAAGAUGUCUGCAUCUCAAGCAGUGGAUCACCUCAUCAGAUUUCUAAAGGUUGGAACCAGUGUACAGCAGCAUCUUGACAAAAUCACGCAACGUAACCAGCCCUACCUCCUGGCCCAGGGAUCCAUCCAAAGCAGUAUUCACGCAUUCUUCAUUGUGAUUGACAACUAUGCUAUUCCAUCUAACCACUUCAUAGAGCAAACCACUGUCAACCCGCGUCACUCUGCCCGACAGGGUGAUGCGGCUGGACAAGACUUAUCAGGCUCAGGCGGGCACUACCCACGCAUGAGCUCCAUCAACUAUGCCCCAGACGUACCAGACGAUGUGCCGGGUGGAGCUCGGGCCACUGGUUCCCCCAGACAGCACACUGGUGCCUCUCCUUAA